AUGGUCGACUCAGAGACGGCCUCAAAGGCCGACAGGAGAGACAAAUAUAGCCCGGUGGAAGAGGAAAUAAGCAGGGUGCACCUGGAGACUCCCAAAUUGACCGACAGCGAUGAAGACGACAUCGUGGCGCGCAUGAACAAUCUCGACCCGCCGGUCACGCCAGAGGAGGUGAAGAAGGUCCGGAGGAAGAUUGACAUACGUCUUCCUCCGUUCCUCCUGAUCCUCUACAUGUUUACCUGGCUGGACCGCGGAGCUCUAGGGAACGCGGCGUUGAUGGGGAUCAGGGAGGACCUCGGGUUCUCCAGCAGGCAGUUCUCGCUCGCCGUCAGCAUGUUCUUCGUGGGAACCGCCAUUGCCGACUUGUUCACCAACAUUGGCAUGAGGUAUUUCCGUCCCUCGUUGUAUCUGGCUACAGCCAUGGGAGCUUACAGUACCUUGAAGAUUAUCUGGGGCAUUUUCGCAGCGCUUCAAGCGGUGGCCGGGAGUCCGCAGGGAAUGUAUGCCAUCCGGUUCUUUCUGGGCAUCUUCGAAGCCGCCUUCAUUUCGGGCGCACCGUAUCUGACGACUGUGCUCUACCCACGAGCGGAAUGGGGCCGUCGGAUCAGCAUCUACCUCUCAGCAACACCCCUUGCUGGCGCAUUCGGCGGUUGGGUUGCGUACGGAGUCUCCAACAUACCCAACCCCCGCGUCAAGCACUGGCAAGCCCUCUUCCUCAUCGAGGGCAUCAUCACGAUUCUGUUCGGGAUCCUCUGCCUCUGGGUCCUCCCCGACCGUCCGCACAACACCAAGUGGCUCACUCCGCGAGAGCGCGACGUCGCGACCUGGCGCAUGAUGAACGACGGGAACCGCACGCAUGGCAGGGUGAACUGGAGGCACACGGCGAACCAGCUCCGGGACUGGCGGCUGGCGCUGAACAUCGCCAUCUACAUGGGCCAAGUGCUCCAGACGUACACCAUCGCCACCUUUACGCCCAUCAUCGUGGCCACGUUUGGGUACGACAACAUCAAGGCGCAGCUGAUGACGGCGCCGCCGUACUGCGUCGCAUUCGUCAUGGUCUUCGUGGUGGGUUACGCCAGCGACAGGCUCAAGUCGUGCUCGGGCCUGCUGGUGGCCUGCUCCGCCGUCGCGGCCACCGGGGACCUCCUGCUAGCCGUGCUGCCGCACACGGCGGCGCGCGCGAGGUACGGCGCCACGUUCCUCAUCACCUCGGGGAUCCUGUCCGGCGUCACGCUCAGCGUCGGGAACAUCACGAGCAACUGCUGCGGAGACAUCAAGAAGGGCAUCGCGACUGGGCUGUUCCAGUCGUUUGGAAGCACCAUGGGCAUCGCCACCGGGUACCUCUUCCCGUCGACCGACGGGCCCAGCUACAAGACGGGGUUCUGGACGCUCUUUGCUGCCACGUGCUGGACCGGCGUCGGUGCCGCUUUCGUGACCGUCAUGAACAUUAGGGAGAACAGACGUCGGGAUCGGGAGUCUGGAAAGCCGCCCGAGGGUGUCGUGAUUGAUUAUGAUGAAGACGGCCAGAUGGAACAGCACCCAUACUGGAGAUACUACCGGUAA